GUUGACAUGCAAGCAUAGAAGAGAAGUACAAGUAAAUCAUACAACAAGCUUAGACAAAGAGUGUGUGUUUGACAUAGAGAAAUUAAGAUGGGAGACCAAAUUGCAAAUGGAAAAUUGAGUCUCUUUCUUUACAAGAUAAAGCCUUACGUGGCUAUGGUUUCUUUGCAAUUUGGAUAUGCAGGAAUGUAUAUUAUCAGCAUGGUUGGUUUGAAGCGUGGAAUCAAUCACUUUGUUCUUUCUGUGUACAGGCAUUUGAUUGCCUUUGCUGUUAUUGCACCAUUCGCACUUGUCCUUGAAAGGAAAAUAAGGCCAAAACUGACUCUGGGGAUCUUCCUAAGAAUAAUGGUGCUUGGUUUUCUCGAGCCUGUUUUUGCUCAGAAUUUGUACUUUGUGGGAAUGACGUACACCUCAGCAACAUUUGCAUCUGCCACUGCUAAUAUCCUCCCCGCCAUUACCUUCAUUUUUGCACUUAUUUUCAGGUUAGAAAAAAUCAAUUUCAAGAGGCUGCCUAGUGUAGCAAAGGUGAUCGGGACUGCAAUCACAGUCGCAGGAGCGAUGGUGAUGACGUGGUAUAAAGGGCCCAUCAUUGAACUUAUAAGUGGACAAUCACGAAGCCACCACACCAGCACCGCAUCCGGUGAACAACAUUGGGUCACCGGCACCAUGAUGCUCCUAGCCCGUUCUUGUGGUUGGUCCGGUUUCUUCAUUGUACAAUCGUUCACACUAAAGCUAUACCCAGCCGAGCUCUCUCUCACUGCUUUGAUAUGCUUAAUGGGUGCAUUGGAAGGUGCCGUUGCCACGUUCGUAGUGGAACACAGCAUGAGUGUUUGGGUUAUCGGAUGGGACUCCAGGCUUCUAGCAGCUGCUUACUCUGGGAUAGUUUGCUCCGGGAUUGCAUAUUAUGUGCAAGGUGUUGUGAUGAAGGAACAAGGUCCAGUUUUCGUGACAGCUUUCAGCCCACUGGCCAUGAUCAUCACCGCCGCUCUGGCCGCCAUCAUUUUAGCUGAGCAAGUGCGCCUCGGAAGCAUACUUGGAACUAUUCUCAUAGUUAUCGGCCUCUAUGCUGUUGUUUGGGGUAAAAGCAAAGAUCCUACGGCCUCUGCCUUAUUGAUCAAAGACGGGAAAGCUGUUGCUCUUGAAUUGCCAAUCACAGACGACAGUAAUAGGUCAUCAAUCACUGUGGGUAACAACACUAAGGAUAGUACUAUUGGAGCUGCUGGGGACUUCAAGGUUCCAAUCAAAGCACAAGAAUCGUGAAAACUACUAUAUAUGCCCAAGAUUAAUACAACAGAGGCUUAAUUACAAUUUUCAAGAUCUUAUUAAGUGAGAAUAUUUGUAUUUUGUUUUGUUUUUUUCCUUUUUUCUUUUAGGAAAUUUAUAUAAGGGAUAAAACUCGAAUUUAAACACCUUGCAACAAAUUAAAGGUGAAUUUAGUAUCAAAUCAUGCAUGCAUCCUCAUGGAAACAAGUGAGACUUGAUCAGAAAAAUGUGUACUUUUUGGCUGUACCUUUGAGAAUGAGGGAAAUAUAUGUACAUCCUACUAUGUUUGCGUA